AUGACAUCAAUUAUUCAUCAUACAACAUCGAGGACGGUUGUCGAUGAGGAUGGUUAUGAAGAUGAAGUUUCGUCUAUUCCUAUUGAACUAAACAAUUCGAAUAAUAACAAACAACAACAAGAAGAACAAAUUUAUCAAAAUAAUAGAAAUUCGUCAUUUAUGGAUGGAAAGAAAAAUAAUUCACGAGUAGAAUCAAAAUCGACAAUUUUAUCACCAUCACCUUUGGAAGAAAUGUCAGUUCCCUAUUACGAAACUGAAAAUCCAUUAAAGAAUCGUAUAGGAAAUAUUGUAGUUUCUGAUAUAUCACCUCGUGGACAUACAGUUAUGGAUGAAAGAUCUAAAAAAAUGGAAAGAAGAAGAAGUUUACAAAGUAAAAUCAAGAAACCAUUUAGAGAUUCAGUCAAUUUGGAUUUGGAUGAUUUAUCUUCAUUGAAUUCAUCAAUGAGUUGCAAUUUACAAAUAUCAACAACAGCAACACAACCAUUGGUGAAUGAUAAUGGAAUUGGUCAAUUGCCAACAAUUCCAAAAUUAAAUUUAGGACACAUUGAAAGUUAUAAUGAAAAUGAGGAUGUUUCGAGUUGUGGAUUAUCUGAUUGUUCUGAUAUUGAGCUCAAUUCUCUGGAUACGAAAAAGACGAUACUUUCUAAUAUUUCAACUGAAACUUCCUCAACUGUAAAUACACCAAAACCAAAAUCUACUGCUAGUAUUAUUGCAAAAGCAAAGAGACCACAUACUGCAAGAGAAAGUAGGAGAGAAUUGCAAUAUAUUGUGGCUAAUAAUUGCUCAUCACCGAUUGGAGAAGAUUCGAAUGGGACUUCAAUGGAUAAGAAGAAACAAAUUGCUAAAUUACUAACUAGCUCACGAUCGAAUAAUUCACUGUUACAAAACCAAUCGAAUGCCAACACGAAUGAAGAACCAAAAAGUCCAAUUUCUCAACAAUUAAAGAGACAUUCGGUGGCUAGAGAAUUCAAUUCACUUCAAGAUUAUUUGGCAACGAGAUUUAAGGAGCAGAAGCAAUUUCUUGGAUCAAAUUCACCAACCUCGCAGAAACCUACAAAUGCCACACCACGAUCAACUGCUUUGGAAAGUAAAUUGUUGAAUAUGGCAAAUUCAUUGAAGAAAACUAGUCAAGUUUUGGAAUUGAAUGAAGUGAAAUUGAGAGAGGAGAGAAGAAAGAGUGCUCAGGCCUGGACACUUUUAUCGAUUGAGGAGGAUAAUCACAGCAUGUCACAAAUGAAAUAUGAAGAGCUUCGAUUCCACUACGAUGUCAAAUGUGAGGAGUUGAAGAGUGCCAAGAAUAAGAUUGAACAACUUUCAGUUCAGGUGAAGAAAUUGGAGGGAAAUUACAACUUUCUGGAUCAGGAAAAGAUUAGAUUGCAAAGAGAAGUUCAGGAAUUGAAAAGAACAAUUGAAAAAAAGGAAAAUGAACGAAGGAAGCGUUGCACUAUUUUGUAA